AGAUCAGUUGGAUUCAUCAGAUUAACCCUCCAAAGUAUCAGUGCUCUGAGGCAAUAAGAUAACGAUCAGUUUGCUGGCUAUUAAGAAGACAGAUGUGGAGGAAGCAGGGAAAAGACAGAGCUCUUCCUACCUGACCAGUUCCAGGAGGCCAGAGGCCAGACUCCAAGGUGGGGAUGGGGGUAGGUCAGGCAAAGGAGGAACUUACAUUGCAUGUGCACCUACUGUAGAGGGAGACUUGCUAAGUACUUUAUGUGUAUUAUCUCACUGAACUGCCCAACUAUAACUCUUUGUUCCUGCUGCUAUAACAAAAUGUCAGAGGCAGGGUAAUUUGUGUACAGUAGAAAUAUAUUAUAUAUUUCUCACAGUUGUAAAGGCUGGACAGUCCAAGAUCAAAGCACUAACAGGUUUUAGUGUCUGGUGACAGCUUCCAAACUCUUUUUGCUUUCAAUAUGUCACUUCGAGGAGGCAGAUCUCUGAGUUCGAGGCCAGUCUGGACUACAGUGCGAGUUCCAGGACAAUCAGGACUAUCUCAGAAUAAAAAAGAAAAAGAAAAGAACAUCGGAUUGUUUCCUUCAACCUCCUUUAUAAGAGCUCCAAUCCACUCAUGAGGAUGGAACCCUCAUGAAUUAAUCACCUUCCAAAAGGCUCCCCUUAAUACUAUCAUCUGGGUUUAGUUCCAGCAUCUGAGUUUAAAGGGAUAUAUACCUGGAUUGUGCAGAAGCAGCUCCGAAGCCUUAGAGGGGAUAAAUAAGGCACCUGGAGCCACACAGCUAAUGUGAGGUACUGAGGGGCAGAAUUUAAAAUAGUUUAUUAAGAUCUGAGGUUUAAAAAAACAAUAAACUCAUAGUAUGUAGAGGUAGAUAAGUCAAUUGGGCAGCUAAAUAGCUGAUGGUAAUGACAUAUGACAUUUGAACUGUAUGUCGUAGUGUUCAUGUGGGUACUAAUGACAUGCUGGUCUCACAUAGGUCAGCCAUCUCAUCUCUUUCCCAACAAUACAUGCACCAAGUUGUACCCCUGCCCCUGCCUCAGCAAUAGCCACGUACAUCCUAGUAAACAUGCGAUUAAAUAUGAAAGUUUCUAUUAGGCUUUGAGGGGCACAUAUUUGGAUAUGCACAGGCUUGCUCAGUCAAGAAAUGGGGCAGUAAGAUUAAAAAAAAAAAGGCUCUGUAAGGUCUUAUUCCCAGUUGGUACAGUGCCUUCAGGCACAUGAUUUCAUUUGUUCCCAUAGCACCCUGAAGUGGGGAGAGCAGAGAUUAUCCAAUAAGUCUGGGUAAGGGCAGCCAUGGCCUACAGCAGAUAUGUCUAGAGGACAAUGUUUCUUCUUCCCUGGUAGGAAAGCACAAAGAAUGAAUGAGCCACACUGCCUGCUCACAGCCUGGGUCCCUCAGAUGAAGAGAGAUGCUUUCCUUCCUGGUGCCUCUCCUCCUCAACAUGUCCAGUUGGCUUGCAGGCCAUUAUCAAGAACCCUGACUUCCCCACAUCCGACUCCCUUGAUUUCUUUCAAUCGUUUACUCAUAUGUUCAAAAUCCCAUAUUCAGAAGCGCCGGCUAUCUCCGAGGCACCAUUCUGAUCUGGAGCUGCAUUUAUAAGGAAGACAAAGGUCAUUUUGUUGUGGACAGUUUUGGCGAAGGGAGACUGACAAAGUGUAUGCCUUAGAAUUUUGGAACAUUUCAAAGACAUUUCAUAGUAUAUACCAUGGAUUUUCGCCUCCUCUGUGGUACAUAGAGACAUACAUUUGGAUGUACACUUGGAACAAACCUGCUCGAUGCAAGGUGGAAACACCUUUUGAUUCAGUCUUUUAACAUGUGUUGAGUGCCACCUAUGUGCAGAGAAUGAUAUUGGGGAGUUUGGAGAGAUCCAGAAGAUUGAGACCAUAGGGGGUUCCCAGUCUGAGGAAAGAAGAGGUGCAUUUCUUUGGGAACCCCCAGGCUGUAAAAGAAGCUAAGAGUCCAGAGUAGAAAGACAACCGAUCCCAGGGCCCUUUUAUAAUGGGGAAUCCCAGUUGAAUGUAAAAGAAAUCCAGCUGAGUUUGGAAGGAGCUGGGAGACCCCUCCCCACAACGAGACAAAACUAGGUAGGGGACAGCUCCAAGCAAACAAGAACGGGAACAUGACAGUACCUGCAGAAUGUCUCCCAACAGUGAACCAGGAGGCAGCAUCUCCACGGGACGGGUUGGGGCACAGGGACAGAAGGACGCCUUUUAGAUUGGGGUGGGAUUUUGAGGUUUUGCUGCGCGCAUGAAGAGCUCACUCACGGGGCCAGUCUAGGUAGAGGGUACUUGCUGAGAGACAGCAGGAGAAAUAAGGGUGGCAGGCAGUUACCCAAGUCUUAUGCUCAACCUAGGCAAUCACCUCCAAUUUAAUUCAGUUGAAGACGCAGAGGAGAAAGGAGGCGGAGUCAGGGAAGAUCUUGAGUAAAUCCCCUACUUGAGACUACAGAGCGACAAGGGGAAAAAGAACAUGAUUAGGGUCAGAAAUGGAUUGGGGUGUAGUGGAAAUCCCAAAUAGGGUCCUCCUCCAAAUGCCCAGGUAUCCUAACAGCUGUUAAGGAAACCAGGUGAGAAAGGGUUAAGUGUGCCCCUCCAUUGAUCCAAAUGCUUCCUGUGUUUGAAAUCUUUCAGGUCCCUACAAACCCUUUGGACCCCGGCCAGGCAGGCAUUGUCCGGGGACCGGUUGUGGGUUGUCCGAGCAGUCGCUCAGCCUUUGUUGUGGGGCCACCUCGGGGGUUCCCUCUCGCGUCCUGGAUAGGGCUGCAGCGUGCUUGCCGGGAGGGGGGCGGUGCGGGAGGCUCGCUCCCUCUCCCUCUUCCUGCUCUUCCCCCCCCCACCCCCAGCCCCUCCCGAUGACCACAUGACCAAGUGGGCUCGCGGCCAAACCACAAGCUACAAAAUGCAGCCCCCGAAGUGAGCCGGGAAGCAGUCUCUCCAGCAGCCUGGACCAGCGGGUAGUUGCGAGUAGCGGAGCAAGCACAGCCGUCCACUUGGAGAGUUUUUGCCGCUGUCCCAGAGCCACCUAGGCCAGCUUCGCGGCGCUACCCCCGCGGAGGCAGAGGAGGCUGCUGCAGAGCAGAGGCGGCGAGCAGGCGUGGGGCCAGCAGCGAGCGCCACUGCUGGGGAGCGCACCCUCCCGUGGUCCGGGAGCCACGCGAACUCCGUGCUCGCACGCGCCAGCCCCGGCUCGCGCCUUUCUCAGCGUCCGGGGUACCCCGGCCUCUCACCGCCCAGCUUCGGCGCUUCAGGGCCGCUGCAGACCGAGCUGCAGCAUGAAUCUGCGACUCUGCGUGCAGGCGCUGCUGCUGCUCUGGCUCUCCUUGACUGCUGUGUGUGGAGUGCCACUGAUGCUGCCUCCAGAUGGGAAAGGGCUAGAAGAAGGCAAUGUGCGCUACCUGGUGCAGCCCAGAGCUUCGAGGACUGGACCAGGGCCUUGGCAGGGAGGAAGGAGGAAAUUCCGCAGACAGCGCCCGCGUCUCUCCCAUAAGGGCCCCAUGCCUUUCUGAAUCAGAUUCGUUCUCUUCUCUGGAACUUUCACGUCUUGCACCUGUUCUAGCUGCUGAUGGUCUCGGCUCUUCUCACCCACCAAGUUCCUCUAGUGGCAUGGUCCUGCCCCUCAUUUGGAUGACUCCAUUUCUCUCACAAGGAUCCAUUUGGCCCAUCUUCCUGGCCACUCCUUGGACUGCCAUUGGAGACCUUGCUUCUCCUCAGCCUGCUCCAUGUUCUAGUCCCUAUCCAUUGGCCUUAGCCUUCACUUGGCCCUUCCCUCUUCUCAUUAUCUUGGGAACUGGGCAGGAACACUCCCUUCUUCAAGGGAUUCCUUCAUUCCUUCCAAACACAUUCACACUUUCUUAUUGAUUGGACUUCUCACGUAAAACGGAGUACAGAGAUGUGUAACAAGAGACUUUGGUUGAGAGGGAUUGGGUGUUGGGAUCCAGAGAAGGUGCAUUGGGGACACUGAAAUGUGGGCAUGGUGAAGGGCUGAGGAGAAUAGCUGUCAUGGCCUCUUUCUCAGCUCUCUCUGGCCCUGUCGAGGAAGAGGCAAAGGAGAGGGGCCCAUGAAGAAUUUUGUCACUGUGUCUUCUCCCAUCCUCAUCCUUUGCUCUGUUGCAGCUAGUUCAGUCUCCAAGUCCCAAGGGGAGAGUGCUGAGCCUGACAUGGUUCUCUUCCCUCCUGGGAGUAAAAGCUAACUAAGCAGGAGAGUUGUUUUUGCCAAAAAAUAAAUAAAUAAAAAAUAAAAAUCACAGAAAGUCAGAGUCCAAAGGACCCUUGAAGAUCACUUGCUUCCUUAUGCAAAAGCUUGCACAAACAGAGGCCCUGGAGAGGGGACUGACCUGCUCAGACCACUGCAGAGUCUCAGUGGGGACCAGGUCUCCCCAACUCCCACUUUAUGAUAUCUUUUUUCCUCUCGAUGAUGUCCUUUCAAAGCAAAUGAAGUGCCUUUUGUUGGGUUUAGUGCAGAGGGUGGCUGGGAAGGACGGGGAGGGAGAGGUAAGCCAGCUGUGAACUACCCAGUGUGAGCAUGGAUCUUCCCCCUCCCGGCCCAGCCUGGAAGAUACCCUAAGUGGUGACAUAUGCCACACAGGCCAGGUCCCAGCCACAAGCUCGGGCUCAAGCUACUUUAACUGGGGUUCUCAGGCACUGAAUCUACCAUUGAGCCCCUGACCCUGGUUGUCAUGAUCCCCUGUGUAGACCCUUGUUCUUGUGGAUUUGGGGGGAAGUGUCAGAGGAUGGAGAAGGGGUAAGAAAGGAAGGAGAGAAUGAAGAAAGGAGGAGAGAUGGGAGGAAGUGUAUGUGGGGUUUAUCACUCCACCAAGAGGCCCCAUAUCUUUUUUUUUUUUUUUUUUUUUUGGUUUUUCGAGACAGGGUUUCUCUGUGUAGUUUUGGUGCCUUUCCUGGAUCUUGCUCUGUAGACCAGGCUGCCCUCGAACUCACAAAGAUCUGCCUGCCUCUGCCUCCCGAGUGCUGGGAUUAAAGACGUGCGCCACCGCCACCCAGCUGAGGCCCCAUAUCUUGCCAGGAGUCUUUUGCAGCCCUUCCCUGAAGGGAGACCCUCAUCUUUUGCCUGAGCAGACGUUCUUCUCAGAGGCCUCCCAGGAGGGAGAAAAGACAAGACAGAAGCUUGAUAUUCAUUUACAGAUGUGUAGGGCAGGGGGAGUCAGGACCCUCAAGCCCCAUAGUAACCCCAAGAUUGCCUAUCCACCCCUCCCCAAAGCCUUUCCUUCCCAUCUUCUGCUGCUAAUGCUGUUGCUGCUGCUGCUGCUACUGCUGCGCUUCAAAGCCCGCCCUGGGGAGCUGGGCCAGGCAUAUCGUCCUCACCCCUUGCGCUUGAAGUGAGGGCUGGCUGGUUCCUCUUCUACUGCUGGUACCCCUACCAGGGACCGGGCCUCCUUCCUCUUUGUGAUUUCUGCGUCUCCUGCCUUAUCAGCCUGCCAUGCCCAGCCCCACAGGGAAUGGGAGAGAAGAGGACAGCGGCUGAGAUAGAGGGGAGAUCGCAAGAGAAGAGAGGAGUGAAUGGGCCUGGUGGGCUGUCUUAUUUAAAGUGGUUGUGUAUGAUUCUUAUACUAAUUUAUAUAAAGAUAUUAAGGCCUUUUGAGUUAAAAACACCUGUCCCCUUAACUGUGUUUGCUGUGUUUGUAAAGAUUGUUCUGUGUAAAUAUGUCUUUAUAAUAAAGAGUUAAAAGCUGACAAUUUGCCCUUACUCUUUGAGGUCAUAUUCAGGAGGGGCAUUCCUUUCCCCCAAGGGCCGUCCUUGUCCCUGUGCCCACAGAUUGCACGUGUCGGGAGGUAAGUGCUUGCUUCCCAAAUUGGUUCUAGGUCAACUGGCCUCAAACCGAUUUGCCACAAGCUCACAAAAGGACUGUCUAUGUUUAAGGGCCAGUUCACAUAAAUGUGAGCCCUUUUAAGUCCUUCAGCGUCUCUUCGAAUGUCCCCGUUUUUCUGGCAGUGUCAUUUAAAAGUUUUGUUUUUGUUUUGUUUUUUUUUUUUUUCCAGAAGUGAUUCAUUUAAGGCCAUGCUGAUCAAAGGUGGGAUUUGUACUAAACGUUUUGUAUCCCUGGUGGGUGUCUACUGUUUUAUCUGCUUUGGAAUACUUUCAGGAGUUUUUAGCCAGGUUGCCUGUCUUGAAAAAUGUUGUUUUCAGUCAUAAAUACAUUUGGUAAUGACUUUGUAUGUAUCACUUUAUGUUUCACAAAGUGGAGUUGCUUGAUGAAUGAGAUAGCCUGAAAAAUAAAAUGCAAGGAGUUCAAUACAA